AUGGGGAACCCUUGGGGCGACUCAUCACGCAGCCGUAGUAGUGGGGGCGGAGCCCCCUGCUGUCACGACAACGCGGCAGGCAGCGGUGCGACACCAAGAGAAGCGCCGUCUGACAACUCCGUGCCGCUAGCAGCGCACGCUUGCCACGAGGCCGCGUCAGCUACUUUCUAUGACGAUUGUGGCGGCUGUGAUGCUCGCGAGGGUGACGAACCGCACUGCACUCCCCUAGAGGGUGUCGCGAUCCAGCAGCGCGGAAGAGCCUCUCCUAAUGAACCAGUUGGGGAGAAGAAAAUAGCGUCGCCGGAGUUGUUGCAUUUGCUCAAAAUGCGCCGGCCUCAGAAGGGCACACGAGAUGCAGGAAGAGAGCCGAGGGGCCGCGGCGCAGGGUGGAAUCGCGGCCACGGCCAGCGCUGUGACGGCAGCCAAAUAGCCGGAAAGGAUUCGCUGCCCGCGGACAGAGGGCCCCCGGGGCGCAGAUCCCCGUCUGAAUGCCCGUUGCGAGUUCACGAAGACCCCUUGCCUUCAUCCAACAGCACGCACGCGACGCGGAGGGAGCGGGGAAAAGAAGUGAGCCAGUGGAUUCGCUGGACGGCGGCGCCCGGGGCCCCAGAAGACAGACUGCCUGUGGCGCUCGGGCUAGACAAAAUCGCAUUCUCGUCUUCUGACGACGACGAGGGCUCGGGGGACCGGCGGCGGCUGCUGGAAAAAUCCAUGACGAGCGCGACACAAGUCGACGCGGCGAAGGCAGACACCUACGCCCCUUCACUUAGUAGAACUGACGGUGCGACCGCGAGCGCGCCCUCUCACCCCGAGUCAGACGCAGCCCCUGAAGGCGGGGUCUCGGAGCCCGCCGCCAUUCGUCGGUCGACGGCCACCACCCCAACUGCCGGCGCGUCUGCAGCUAACGAAAAGGCGGACGAAACCGUGGCUAAGGGGGCGCGGGACCCCAGGAGGCGCUCGGCGCGACUUCGGCAAGUCUCGCCAGAUGAGGGCUUCGGGCAGCCCGCAGUGCCGCAAUCGCGCCACCACGCGCAGGCUGCCUGCGAACGGCCGUCCUCAAUCGCGAGCCUCGUGACCCCGGUGCGAAGCCGCCAAGGAAUCGUGGAGCAAGGCGAGAGGAUGAAUCACUCAGGAGACCCGACUGUGAGGCGUGGCUCACAGCGCGCGACAGAUACGGUAAGUGCGGAAGACUGGUCGGAGACAAGAGGGCCUCCGGGGGGUCCGCAGGGGAGCGGGGGCGGGCCAGCAGAGCGCGGGGAAAACCCCCUCGAAACAGGAGGCGAAGCAGCGCUAAACGGCGCAGCGGCAUCUGCUGUUCUGAGGAGCCUUGCAGACUCUCCUGAGCACGCAGUGCGUCGCCCGGGCGAGCCGCCUCGGUCUUGCAGUGCGCCCGCCGACCGCAGCGCGCCUUUCCCUCCUGCCCGCCAAAGCGACACCGCAUCUGUCGGCCGUUCGCCGUCCCAAACUCCCUGCCCCCCCCCUUCGGGCUCGCUGCAUCCGCUGGCUGUCGGCUCGGCCUCAGCCGCUUCCGCUCAAGCCGCGGAGCUCGCUGCCUUUCGUCUGCCCCCUCCCUCCUGGACAGAGGGCGUGUUGAACGGCGGCUGCGACGCUGCGCAAGGCGCGCUGCCCUCUGCAGAUGACCACAGAGCCAUGCUGGGCGCCUCGUUGACGUUUUUAUCCGACAGCGCGCAGUGCCUGCCGAUGCAGGCGGCCCUCGCUGCGCGCGGAGUGGCACGGCUUGUGGGCGACAGGAUCCUGUUAACUAAAGCUGAAGACCUGGAGACUCAGGAAAUGAACGGAGGCGACGCGGACGCGCGCGACCUUGCGCUGAUAAAGCUGCCCUCAGGGAGGUAUUACUCGCAGAGGGCCUUUGAUGCGACUCGGGGGAGCUACUUGGCUGAACAGGACAUUCAGCUCGUUCGCCUGCGCCUGAGGCACGUCCGCGAGCAGCGCCAGAUUCGGCGCGCAAUAGCGAAUCUGCUUCGAAGCCACAGGGAAGAGAUGACCGCGGUGGAAAAACGACACCGAGAAGAGCUCGAGUUCAUCGAAAGCCGCGAGCGUCGCCUGCUGCAGACUCAGGAUGACGAAGUGCGCCGGCUCGAGGAGUUUCAGCUGCAACAAAAUCUGUCGAGGGCCCUCCGCAUUCUUCACCGGCAGCAGCAGCGGCCCGUGGAUCCAAGACGCGAACGCUAG